CCCCGCCCCCGCCCCCGCCCCGGCGCAUCGGCCGCAAGAGCAGCUUCAGCAUCGCAGAUGCACUCGGGCUGCGGGUCCGAGGCUGGCGUGCUCGGAGGCUGGGCGGGUAGCUCCAUUGGCGGCCGUAGCGCAGUGCCCCCACCCCAAGCCGCCCACCAGCCCCUUUCCCUCUGGACCAGAGCCUGAGCCAAGUCGGGCCGGCUGUGCCACGCCGGCGCCGCCGGGAAGAUGGCCGUGGCGCUGCGGUACUUGUGGCCUCUCCUCCUGUGCAGCCCUUGCUUGCUCAUCCAGAUCCCCAAGGAAUAUGAAGGAUACCACGUGAUGGAGCCACCUGUCAUCACAGAACAGUCUCCACGGCGCCUGGUUGUCUUCCCCACAGAUGACAUCAGCCUAAAGUGUGAGGCCAGUGGCAAACCCGAAGUUCAGUUCCGCUGGACUCGGGAUGGCAUCCACUUCAAACCCAAGGAGGAACUGGGUGUGACUGUGCACCAGGCACCCCACUCUGGCUCCUUCAUCAUCACCGGCAACAACAGCAACUUUGCCCAGAGAUUCCAGGGCACCUAUCGCUGCUUUGCCAGCAAUAAGCUGGGCACUGCCAUGUCCCACGAGAUCCAGCUUAUGGCUGAGGGUGCUCCGAAGUGGCCAAAGGAGACAGUAAAACCUGUUGAGGUAGAGGAAGGAGAGUCAGUGAUUCUGCCUUGCCACCCUCCACCCAGUGCAGAGCCGCUCCGGAUCUACUGGAUGAACAGCAAGAUCUUGCACAUCAAACAGGAUGAGCGGGUGACAAUGGGCCAGAAUGGCAACCUCUACUUUGCAAAUGUGCUCACCUCGGACAACCACUCAGACUACAUCUGCCAUGCCCACUUCCCUGGCACUCGGACAAUCAUUCAAAAGGAACCUAUUGACCUUCGUGUCAAAGCCACCAACAGCAUGAUCGACAGGAAGCCACGCCUUCUCUUCCCCACCAAUGCCAGCAGCCAUCUGGUGGCCUUGCAGGGACAGCCAUUGGUUCUGGAGUGUAUCGCUGAGGGCUUCCCCACCCCCACCAUCAAGUGGUUGCGCCCAAGUGGCCCCAUGCCAGCCAAUCGAGUCACCUAUCAGAACCACAACAAGACUCUGCACCUGCUGGAUGUGGGCGAGGAGGACGACGGCGAGUACCAUUGCCUGGCUGAAAACUCACUGGGCAGUGACCGGCAUUCUUACUAUGUCACCGUGGAGGCUGCCCCAUACUGGCUGCACAAGCCCCAGAGCCAUUUGUAUGGACCAGGGGAGACUGUUCGCCUGGACUGCCAAGUGCAGGGCCGGCCCCAACCAGAGGUCACCUGGAGAAUCAACGGGAUCCCUGUGGAGGAGCUGGCCAAGGACCAGAAGUACCGGAUCCAGCGUGGAGCCCUGAUCCUGAGCAAUGUGCAGCCCAGUGACACAAUGGUGACCCAGUGUGAAGCCCGAAACCGGCACGGGGUCCUGUUGGCCAAUGCCUACAUCUACGUCGUCCAGCUGCCGGCUAAGAUCCUGACCCCAGACAAUGAGACUUAUUUGGCCGUUGAAGGCAGCACUGCCUACCUUCUUUGCAAGGCCUUCGGAGCCCCUGUGCCCAGCGUCCAGUGGCUGGACAAGGAAGGAAGGACCGUGCUACAGGAUGAACGCUUCUUCCCCUACACCAACGGGACCCUGGGCAUUCGAGACCUCCAGGCCAACGACACAGGAUACUACUUCUGUCAGGCUGCAAAUGACCAAAACAAUGUUACCAUUGUGGCGAACCUGCAGGUCAAAGAUGCCACUCAGAUCAUACAGGGACCACGGAGCACAAUCGAGAAGAAAGGCUCAAGAGUGACAUUCACCUGCCAGGCCUCCUUUGACACCUCCUUGCAGCACAACAUCACCUGGCGCAGAGAUGGUCACAGACUCCAGGAGCUUGGGGACAGUGACAAGUACGUCAUAGAUGAUGGGCAACUGGUCAUCAACAGCCUGGACUAUAGCGACCAGGGCAACUACAGCUGUGUGGCCAGCACAAAGCUGGAUGUGGUGGAAAGCAGGGCAGAACUCCUGGUGGUGGGAAGCCCUGGGCCCGUACCUCAGCUGGAGUUGUCCGAUCGUCACCUGCUGAAGCAGAGCCAGGUUCACCUGUCUUGGAGACCCGCUGAUGACCACAACGCCCCCAUUGAGAAGUAUGACAUUGAAUUUGAAGACAAGGAGAGGGCUCCUAAGAAAUGGUACAGUCUGGGCAAGGUGCCUGGAAACCAGACCUCCACCACCCUCAAGCUGUCACCUUAUAUCCACUACACCUUUAGAGUUACUGCCAUCAACAAAUAUGGCCCUGGGGAACCCAGCCCAGCCUCUGAGACUGUGGUCACACCUGAGGCAGCCCCUGAGAAGAACCCCGUGGAUGUGAAGGGGGAAGGGAACGAGACCAACAAUAUGGUCAUCACUUGGAAGCCACUCGGGUGGAUGGACUGGAACGCUCCCCAGGUUCAGUACCGUGUCCAGUGGCGCCCUCAGAGGGUGCAAGGGGCUUGGCAAGAACAGAUCGUGAGCGAUCCCUUCUUGGUGGUGUCCAACACCUCUACCUUUGUGCCCUAUGAGAUCAGGGUCCAGGCCAUCAACAGCCAGGGCAAAGGCCCUGAGCCCCAGGUCACCAUUGGCUACUCCGGGGAAGACUAUCCCCAGGCAAGACCUCAGCUGGAAGACAUCAAAAUCCUCAACUCAAGCACCGUGCUGGUCAAGUGGUGGCCUGUGGAUCCAGCCCAGGUCAAGGGCCACCUCCGCGGAUACAAUGUGACGUACAGUUGGGAGGAGAGUCAGCAGAAACACAGCAAGAAUCAGGUCCACAGAGGCCAUGUGGUGGUGCCCGCCAACACCACCAGCACCACCCUGGGUGGCCUGCGGCCCUAUAGCUCCUACCAUCUGGAGGUGCAGGCUUUUAACAGCCGGGGACUGGGGCCUGCCAGCCAGAUGACUUUCAGUACCCCAGAGGGAGUGCCUGACCACCCGAAGGCACUGCACCUGGAGUGCCAGUCCAAUACCAGCCUGCUGCUAUGCUGGGAACCUCCGGAGAGCCCCAAUGGCGUGCUCACUGGCUACGUGCUGUCCUACUAUCCGUUGGAUGAUGGGAGUAAGGAGCAGUUGUCCUUAAACCUUUCCGACCCUGAGCUACGGACACACAACCUGACCAACCUGAGCCCCCACGUGCGGUACCGCUUCCUGUUGCGGGCCACCACGAAGGAGGGCCCUGGUGAGGCCUUCGUGCAGGAAGGAGGCACCAUGGCCUUAUCUGAGACCCCAGAUUUUGGCAACAUCUCAGCCAUGGCCGGCGAGAAUUACAGUGUGAUUUCCUGGGUCCCCAAGGAGGGCCAGUGCAACUUCACAUUCCAGAUUUCGUUCAAAGCCCAGGGUGAUGAGAAGACGCCCCCUUAUCUCCUGCCACAGAAUGUCAACUAUAGCCAGAAGACCUACACGCAGUGGGACUUGCAGCCUGAUACUUACUAUGAGAUCCGUCUGUUCAAGGAGAUGAUGUUCCUGCACCAAAUGGCUGUGAAGACCAAUGGCACUGGCCGAGUGAGACUCCCUCCCCCCGGCUUUGCCACUGAAGGCUGGUUCAUUGGCUUCGUCAGCGCCAUCAUUCUCUUGCUCCUCAUCUUGCUCAUUCUCUGCUUUAUCAAGCGCAGCAAGGGUGGCAAGUACUCAGUGUCCAGAGACAGGCUGGGGCCGGAGAAGAAGCCGGCUCUUCUCUGUGUGUCUUCAGUGAAGGAUAAGGAGGACACCCAGGUGGACUCUGAGGCCCGGCCAAUGAAGGAUGAGACCUUCGGAGAGUACAGGUCCCUGGAGAGCGACAAUGAAGAGAAGGCCUUUGGCAGCAGCCAGCCAUCCCUCAAUGGAGACAUCAAACCCCUGGGCAGUGACGACAGCCUGGCUGACUAUGGGGGCAGCGUGGACGUCCAGUUCAAUGAGGAUGGCUCCUUCAUUGGCCAGUACAGCGGCAAGAAAGAGAAGGAGGCAACAGGAGGCAACGACAGCUCAGGGGCUGCCUCCCCCAUUAACCCUGCAGGGACCUUGGAGUAGUGGGGUCCAGCCAGGCAAGGUGCAGCCCAGGGCCAGGCAGGCCACAGUGGAGUCAGAGGCCAAGACCCCCACAGCCAGCCCGAUGACUGUUCUGGGCCCCUGACCUUGAGACUGAGGCCCCUUCUUGUCUCCAACAGGCCUUACCCCACCUUCUGGCCCUGGGCCAGUGGGAGGCUUCGGUUGGGAGCAGAAGAGAGGAGCUCACUGCCUAAUUCCUUUAUGACUACCCACACCCCACUUUAUUGCCAAAACCCAGCUGCACCCCUUGUUGGGCACACACUGCUUUGCUCCAGCUCGGGGGCUGGCUGAUCACUCACACAUCAGGAGCCUUCAGGUGCUGCCUUACCAGCCUUUGGGCAGACAGAGGCUGUGGUGGUCGGGGAGGGGAAAUGGAGAUGGCCCCAGAGGGGUCUCCCAGAUGCUGCCUGGUGGGAUCUCUUCAGGACCAGGAUUGGCACCUUCUUCCCUGGCCACUUCUUGGCCAGCCUGGCUGGGACUGAGGAUAGAGUUUGGCCACCAUCUGCUCUCUUUCCUUUGCCAUCUCUGCUCCAACCGGGAUGGGCACUGGGUAAGCUGACCAUGGGUGCAGAGGAGGCCAUGUGGAGAGCCCAGAGCCCCCACUUGCCAGUAUCACCCUCCCGCUGCCCACCCACCCUGCGGCUGGCUUUCAGGAGCUCCAUACACACGCUGCCUUCAGUACCCAUCAGACAACAUCCAAGUGGCCUCCAUCACUGCCAGGCUGUGAGGUGGGCACACCUCUUUCCCACUGCCCCUGGUACCUGCCUCUCCCACCUGCUACCACACUCUAGGACCCCUUAGCAGCCCUGCCACCCCCCAGUCUGAACAGUUUCCUUCCUCAGCCUUCGCCUCUGCCCACCUUGGGAAUGUAAAUACACCAUGACUUUGGAAGUUCCUACCCUUGCCCUUUCCCCAUAUGCCACUAGUGUGUAGGCAGAUGUCUGAGUCUCUAGGUGGUUUCUAGGUUUUAUAGCAAUUAGCUUUGAUGAUCCCAUCCCAGGAAAGAUAAAAACAGACAAAAAACAAAACAAAAGGAAAGAUGGGUUCUCCCAGCUCUGCUGUGCUCCUGCCAGCAGCCUCUGUCUUCCUGUCUGCCUUUGCUUGGUCUGUUGAUGAG